AUUCUGACGAGUCAUUUGCCAGCCAUUCUUGUAGCUGACUGCCCUUCUUGAAUCACUUGGAACAGCUAAAUGCUGUUGGGAUCGAUGAGAGCCUCUUCCAUGAGAGAUCGCUGGUAAUGUGUCCGAUGGCCAAGAGCUCCCGAAUUGACAAAAAUAGCAAAGUGCACAAAGAUAAAGGUGGCAAGGACCAUAUCAAGUCCUCCUCACCUCCCACACCGCUGUAAAAAUAGCAGAGAAGGACAACUGGAUUCAUUAUACUCGUACAAAGAAGACAGAAGUUUCACCUGAGCUCAGGAUCGGCUCCAACGCGAGCUUCCCUGACCUGGAAAAGGGGAAGCCAGAAGAAGACGACUGCGGACUUCGUGGGAGCACCGCACGCCCACCUGACCGCGACAAGGGUGAGCCAGAAGCAGAUGAAAAAAUAAAAACAAACACCUCCUGGACCUGCAGCCCAUUAGAUAAUAUAAAACUCAAACUAACCAAGGUCCACUAAUGAACUGUCACCCUUUUGGGGUCCUGCCCAGCCCAGAAAACACCAAACUCCAAGUACUGCAUCCUCUAGACACUUUUGGAUCAGCUGAAACCGAGCACUUUGAGAAUGUAACAUGUCCCAGAAGAUCAGUUAUUGGAGCUGCAGGGUUGUGCAUACUGUUUGUGCUGAUUUUGGUUAUAAUAUGGUUUUUAUAACUAUGUUAUUUCUAAUCUUUCUCUUUGCUGGAGAAAUAAGUCUCUCACAGGGGUCGGCUAUAGCUGCCAGUUGCUGCAGAUGUGCUAAUCCUGGUGCCCAAGGUUUUCCUGUCUGGAUAAGCGAUUCAAUCGAACUCUCUGAUAUAGACGGGAAGGUCAACAUUGCCCGUUGGUAUCCUCCCUCACAUUGCUGUAGUUCAGCAGAAGUUCGGGUAUUUACUUAUGGAACAGAAUAUUGUGUGAAGCCUAGCCACCCAGUUUUCAGACAAUUUGCAGAGUCUCCUCAGGCUAAGACUACUCUUAAACCUAAUGUUGCCCACAUCUCUGAUAAUAAUAUAUACCUCCAAUACGUUGAGAGAGCCACUAAAGCAGAAAACCAAAGUGAUUGUUGGGUGUGCAGUCAUUUUCCUCUCCACACUCAAGGAGGCAUUCCUAUGACUCCCAUCCCCUUGGGCCCCAUCGAGUCACUUUUAAACCCCUCUAAUAACCAAGCUUGGAACCAAAGUCAGCAGGAGUUCCUUUUAAUAAAGCCUGUUGUUGGAGAUUGGUGUUUCUAUGUAAACUGCUCAGUAUCAGACUACAUUAAUUUAGGCACAAGCAUAUGUCACCACUAUUUUACUAGUUCUAGUGGAGGAGACUGGCGUAAUAAUAACACAACAACUCCUACCUAUUGCAGCUCUUACAAUGAUUUCUACAGCAACAAAAAUUUAACCAAGGACUCUAAUCCUAUCUGCACCCCCAUCUCCUCUUUAAAUAAUACCUUGUGGUAUUGUUUGUACACUGAUACCUCCCAGGGACAAUGCUUCUUCAAUGAAACUGCAAAUCCUUCCUUUAAAUCAAAGGGUGAACGCAGGGUGCUAGGGUUAGGAAACGGGGGCCGAAUACCUCCUAAGUAUUCAAACCUCGCUGCUUUAAAAGGACAAUACUGGGUCUGUGGCUCCCACGCCUACCAUAAAAUCCCUGCCAAAGGAAAAGGUAUCUGCUAUCCGGCGAUGCUAAAACCCUCUAGAUCCUUUGCCACGCACCUUCCACGGGGCAGGUGGCGAAACAAGAGGGAUUUGCAAGAAAGCCGUGAUAUAAUAAAUAAAUAUCAAAAAACUCCGCUUACCAAAGGAGUGUUAGUCGGGUAUUCUUUAGCAGGUAUACUCCCAGGAAUAGGCACUGCUUAUCUUGGAAGAUUUACACUACGCCUACAAGCUGUGAUAGAAAUCAUGGCUCAUGAAUUCAGUGAAGGUCACAAGGAACUCUCGAAGGCCGUUGCUGCCUUGGCUGACACCCAAGAAGAACUCAGACAAAUGGUAAUUCAAAACCGUAUAGCCCUUGAUUUUCUCCUCGCUGCUCAAGGGGGAGCUUGCGCAGUUAUCGGACCAAAAUGUUGCGUUUGGAUUAACAAUUCUUUUACAAUAGUACAAACCCACCUCAAUGAUGCAGCUAUCCAUAUCCAAAAAGCCGAAGAUAUAGCAAAAAUCCCCCAAAAUACAUCUCUUAGCUGGCUCACAAAUUGAUUACCUUCCCUUACAGGAUGGCUUAAACCUUUUGUAUUAAGCUUAAUUGGAAUUAUUAUGACUAUAAUCUGCCUGUUAUGCUGUUUUCAGUGUCUAUGCUCUCUAGGACAACAGUUUAUGCAAAGGCAAAUAAAAAUGUAUGGUCAGUUUAUACAAAUAUCCAGCCUCAAUCAUCAAAACCUAACCCCACAAGAAGUUAAAUACCUAAAAGUGUGUUCCAAAAUUUCCUCUGAAAUAUUGGAACAAAGUGGCGAAUUGUAGUCCGCAGGUUUGUCAUUGCCCUGAAAUAGAAUAGUUUUCUGAAAGCAUACUGUUAGGUUUAAAAUAAUUUGGAUUUUUAAGAAGUAUUAGCUUUACAGCUGAAUACAAGGCAUGACCUGUGGCCUAGUAAUGCAGCUGACCACAAGGCAGAAUGAUAGCUAGGCCUUUGCUUGUGUCAAGUAAUCAUUUUAACUGCAACAAGCAUUUUCUGAGUUAAAAAGUGAAUCUGUGUCUGUGUGCUAAAAAAAAUCAGCUACAGCUAAAAGUAAGAUAAGACAGAGAAACCAUUGUUUGAGCUUACUGGUUGUAUCCUUGAGAAAUAUCUUCUACUGUGUAAGGUUUUGCUAACAUAAUAUUACUAUUACUUAACUUUUAGCUUUUAAAAAGUGCUAGUUCAGCUUAAUAGAAAUAUGCUGUUACAAAGAUUUGUAGAGCACCGCCCCAAGUAUUGCUUUUUAUUAACCAUAUAAUCUUGCUUUGUUGUAAGAAGUAUAAAAAAUCGCCUCACCCUUGAGGGGGGGCCAUUUUGCCUUUUGCUGGCUUUAUGGUCUUUGCUCGAGCAAAUAAACAGCUGUCUUUCUUUACCCGCGUUGUCUAUCAAUCAAAUUACAGCUAGACAACGGACCUUAGGGAGGUUUCUCCCACCACAAACCUAUGGAAUGGAACUGGUAUCAAUGUAAUUCUUUUCCAUGAAAAUAUAUAUAAACAAUAAUUGUGGGUUCCAUAUUACUUUUGCUUUCAUCUUUUCCCAUCUUCUAUUACACCAAACAAUAUUAUAUUGAUAUUUUUCACAUUUCACAGUAAAAAUUGGAUAUAAGUAGCAAGAAGAAAACAGUUUAGUGAGCAGAGAAACAAGUAACAUAAUUCUUUAAGCAGAAUUAAAACAUAGCAGAGCAACCCCUCCCCCCACCCCCAGUGGUUCUACAUGGGCCCUUUAUUGUAAAUUUGGUUUUCUAAUUUUCUUAUUUUCCCUGUGAUAUUGGAUUCUUUGGUACAACCCAAAGUAAACUGUCGUGCAGCACAAAAGCACAAGGUGCUCUCAGUUUACUAUAUUUUUAAAUACAGUAAUACGUAUGUGAAAUGGCUAUAUUUAAUGCAUAACUGUAGAAUGUUAGUUUAUCAGAGCUCAUGAAUUAACUAAACCAGGACAGAAGUCCUCCAAAGCAGAUUAAGGCAGUCUACAUGAGGAAUGAAGGCUAUUCACUAAGUAAAACACUAUCCACCAAAUCAAGCUGGACCUACUUUUCUAUUUAUCCUCACAAGCUGUGUAUGAAUCAGGGGAAGUAUUGCUCCUGUUUCACAGAUGAAGAAAUAAGAGCCAGAGAUAAAUUACUUGCUCACACUACACAGCAAAGCUUAGUAGUGUACUCAUAUCUCCUACUCUAACCAUAAUCAUCAACUUCAUAGUACAAUUAUUGCUAUUAGCAAUCUGUAAUCGAAUACAACAUGUCCUCUAAUCUUCAGUAGAUAAAUACUACUGUGUGAGACUUUGUUCAUGGGCCAGCUCAGAUAUGCAUAGUUUCAUAGUAACUAGGGUCAGGAGGGACCUGAUCAGAUCAUCUAGCCUGACCCCCUGCCACAGGCAGGAAUGAAUGCUGGGUUCACAAGACCCCAGACAGGUGAUCAUCUGACUUCUUUAUGAAUUUGCCCAAGGUAGGGGCGAGGACCACUUCCUUAGGAAUUUGGUUCCAGAUUCUGGCCACCCUAACUGUAAAAUAUUGCCUUCUGAUCUCCAACCUAAACCUAUUCUCCAUCAGCUUAUUACCAUUGUUCCUCAUCACCCCAGGUGGUGCUGGGGAGAAUAGGGAUACUUCUAUUUGCUGAUGAUCUCCCCUGAUGCGUUUGUAGGCAGCCACCAGGUCCCCCCCUCAGCCUCCUCUUGCUGAGGCUGAGUAGGUUCAGGUCCCUCAGUCUCUCCUCAUAGGGCCUGUCCUGCUGCCCUCUCACCAAACGGGUGGCCCUCCUCUGAACUCUCUCCAGGCUGGCCACAUCCUUUUUAAAGUAUGGUGCCCAGUACUGGACGCAGUACUCCAAUUGCGGCCUGACCAAUGUCACAUGCAACUUUAUUACAGUUUUUAAUUCAUGAAAGAAAAUGUCAGCUUUAGAAGACUACAUUAAAAUAGAAGAGCCAAACUCUAGAUGCUGUAGGGAAAUGUAGACAAGAUGAGGAAAAACAUGAAAAAUCACAAAUGCAGAGAAUUAAGUGGGAGCACUUCCUAUUUUUUCCAGUUGCAAUUAUUGGCCUAUUCUAUUUUCUGCACAACUUUAGAAACACACCAUUUUGAACUAUGUAACCCUGGGAAAAACUGCAAAACUACUGAUUUGCUCUCAGUCCCAUAGACUAAAUAGCAUAUUAACGAGUAUAAUUUAAGAUUAUAUUUAAGAUUGAAAUCAGAAGAGAAUUUGAGGGCAUUGUCACUCCAACAAACGUUGACAGUUUUGACUGCACCUUGGUACAGAUCAGGUAUAGUCUGAAGUGACACAAUGUUCCCUAAAUACCAACAUUUGUGGAUACACUGACAAAAGAAUAGGUGGUGUUCCUUAGACAAAACAAAAAAAUUAACCUGUGGGGUUGGGACAGUGCUCUGCAGCUGUGCUUCUUGAAACAGGGCAGCUGGCAGAGGUAACAGAAGGCUAUAUAAGCCAUCUCUAAGCUGCUUUGGAAUUCAGUUCCAUCAGGUGUGGAAUUCAAUACCAGCAGCAUGAAUUCACAGUGAACCAAAAGAUUUCUCCCUAUGGGCAUGGGUUGAAUUUUGUUUACAGACUGAACAGCAGAGGGCAGCAAACAAAAGGAAGUACCUACUGCACUAGAUGUAGCUACAAGCAGCACAUUCAUCACUGUUUUGUACUUAUCACAGGAUCUUGCCACACAGUCACUUGCAACAGUUGCAAACCAUUGCAAUAUGGUGACAUGAAAGUUAGCAAUGCAAGUUGCCCUUUCAUGCUGUGCAUCAAAUACGUCUUUUUAAAAAAUAAAUGCAUUGCUUGUCACAUUAAAACUUUUUAAAAGCUCUUUUUUUGUAGGCUCGCCAAAUAUUUUUCUUCCUGGCUUUUUACAGGUUUAAACUAAUGCAGUAUUUCUUAGGUUCAUGAUAACAACAUUAAUGCUAGUGAACACUUAAGAAAUUAAAUUAAAAGAAGGAUGUUAGCUUUAGUUCUAUUUGAUACAGGAGAAAAAUCCAUUUAGGAUGUAGGCAGGCAUGAAGUUGAUAAACAGCAAUUAACUGCCUUAUAGUUUCAUGAAUGAUUGAUAACACUAUGCAUACCCCAGAAUCCAUGAUUCUCCUGUAUUAUCUGCUACUUAGGGAAAUGAGUACAAGUUCAUAAAAUCAUAGAAGAUAAAGAUUGAAAGAUCCAUCAGAGUAUAUAGUUUAUCUCCUUUUCUGUGCAAGGUCAUUUCCUAUUACUAAGGGUCUAUUGCUAGGUUCUGUUGUGUGUUUUAACCAGCAACAAGAAAUGGAAUUUCUACUUUUGCAUGUAUAAGUCUAUUCCACAGUAUAAAUCUUACUGUUAAGAUGUUCUUCAUACAACUCAGCCUGAAUUUUACUUUUCUACAUUGCAUUCCAUUGCUUUUAACUAUACCCCUACAGAAACAUCUUAAAUUAUUUUUUACUCCUAGAUGUUUUUACCCUUCAUUGUUCACACAGAGACUGCCCGUAGUUUCUUAAGCAAGGCAUGCAGUCUUAUUUUUAUUAAAGAAGACUAACCCUUUCAAACUCCUGAUGAUUUAACACUUCUCAAAAAAACUCCCCCAGCUUUGUCAGUAUCUUUCUGCUAAUGUGAUACUUAGAAUUAAAAGAAAUACACCAGGGCUAGGUACAGAAAUUACACAUAAACUGAUAGAAAUAGUUAGAAACCGGUUUAAAUUUGUAACACAAUAGAAGUUCAAUACAGGCAGUCCUUGGACUUAUGACACAAUUGGUUCCUGAAAACUGCGUCUUAAGUUGAAAUGUAACUCGGAACCAUUUUCUCAUAAGAAACAAUGUUAUAAAUGGGGGAUUGGUUCCUGAACCAAGCCCCGAAACCCUAUUUUCACCAAAAAUACCCCACAAUUUUGUACUCGAUCAAUUAUAGAUAAGUAAUAUAGCUACAUUAAUGUAUUCAUAUUGUAAAUAGCAAUCAUAUUGAUUUGGAAGGACUUCUUUGAGGUGACUUUGCUGGACUUUUUGAAAGGCUCUUGGUUGGACUUUUUGAAGGGCUAGAGUCUUCUCAGGAGUCUUGGCUGCAGUCUUGUCUGCUUUCUUACAGAAAGUAUCCAACGAAGUUUGGACAGAUGUUCUCCUGGGAGAUGAGUGAUGUAGCGAACUUGUUUGCUGGUGUGGGGUCGCAUUGUAUAAAGCAUUGUAAAGUCAAAACUGAUGUCAUAAAGUUGAAACAGGGUGUCAAUUUAUAAAUGUUGUAAGCGUGAAACAUUGUAACUUGAAACCUUGCAAGUCAAGGACUGCCUGUACACAUUAACCAUUUUCAAAGUGGCCGAAAUCAGUUUAAGAUAAACCUGGAUGGAUGUAGCACUCUGUCUGAAUUCUCAGAUGACACUAAACUAUGGGGCAAAGCAAACACAUUGAUGGGAAGAAACUGAAUUUAGGCAGACCUGGGCAGAUUAGAGAAGUGGGCAGAGAACAACAGGAUGCAGUUCAACAAGGACAAAUGCAAAGUGCUUCACCUAGGGAGAGGGAAUCAUCAGCACACCUAGAGGCUGGGGGAUGACCUUCUCAGCAGCACAGUGGCAGAAAGAGAUUUCAGAGUUGUUGUCAACUCCAAGAUGAAUAUGAGUCAUCAAUGUGAUGAUGUAAUUAGCAGAGCUAACUGCACUUUGUCAUGCAUUAGUAGGUGCAUCAUGAACAGGUCCAGGAAGGUGAUGCUUCCCCUCUGUGGCACUGGUCAGGCUGCAGCUGGAGUACUGCAUCCAAUUUUGGGUGCUGCAAUUCAAGAAGGAUGUGGACAACCUUGACAGGGUCCAGAGGAGGGCCACUCAUAUGAUUAGAGGCCUGCGGAGAAGGCCCUAUGGGGAAAGGCUGAGGGACCUGGACCUUUUCAGCCUCUGCAAGAGAAGAUUGAGGGGGGAUCUUGUGGCAGUAUAAAAAUUCACCGGGAGGGGGGGAGCAGUGCAGCAGGGAAUAGGAGAUGCUCUGUUUACCAGAACACCCCUUGGAAUAACCAGAAACUGGCCACAAGCUGAUAGAGAGUAGAUUUAGGUUGAACAUCAGAAAUAACUUCUUCAUGGUUAGGGUUGUCAGAAUCUGGAAUGGGCUUCCAAGGGAGGUGGUGCUCUCUCCUAUCUUGAAGGUCUUCAACAAGAGACUGGACAAGCACCUGGCUGGGGUCACAUGACCCCAGCCCUUUUUCCUGCCACUGGCAGGCAGUCAGACUCGAUGAUCUAUUGAGGUCCCUUCUGACCCUAGCAUCUAUGAGUCUAUGAAUCAAACAACCAAUUUAGGGUUAAGGUUUAGGUUUAACUUCUGUCUCAGGUCUCAUAGCAAAUCAAGCUAAGUUAUAGUCCUCCAGCAUGCCAGAAAGCUUUGUGGCCCCCACUUGCUUCCAGGCUGUCAUAGAACAGAGGCAGCAAAGCCUCAGCUCCCCAGCUGGGCCUGCAGGCAGCACAGGGGGCGAGUGAGGUAGCUCAGGCCCCUGCCCCAGCUGCGGUCUGACAAGCAGUUGGGUGGGGAAGCCCCCAGGCACAGCUUUCCCUCCCACUGCCCUUGCAGCCUGGCUCCUGCCAGCUGGGAACACCAGAGCCCCACCCCAUCACCAGGCCCUCACCUGUUAGGCACAGGGGAUUGGUGGGAGGGGUGGAAUGGACCCCUGAUCCAGUUUGCCCCAUCCCAGCAGGGGUUGGUGGGAAGUGGAAACUCCCAGGUGUGAGCUUUCCCUCCACCCUCCCCUCCCCGGCUCUGCUGGCUGGGAACACCAGAGUCCUGCCUCCUUGCCAGACCUCGACCUGUCAGCUGUGGGGGACGUUGAGGAUGGGAGGGAAUGGACCCACUCCAACCCCUGAUAGUGGGAGGCUGGGCUACAGUGGGGGCCCAUUCCCCUCUGCCCACCCCCUGUAUCUGACAGGCUGGAGGCUAGCAAGAGGGUGGGGCCUUCAUGUUCCCAGCCUGGGGGAGGUGGGAGGUGUUUGUGAGCACCCCCUGCUUCUGGCAGUGGUCAGUGCAGACAUUUGCCUGUCUUGGACAGGGGACAACUGAACGUCAGUUCAGUUCGGUAUCGGUUCAAUCUAUGCAGCUUAGAAAAACCCAUGUAGAUUGAACUGAUUUCACCUCAGGCUUUUUGACUGCUUGUACUUAGCCCAGGUGUCUUGCACUCAAGUCAUAUAGGAAAGACCUAUAUAUUACUGUUUUCUGUUUUGUGAUGGGAAAUUCCUGAAGAACUAAAGCUUGGAUCAAUCUUUUUUUUUUUUUUUAUUCAUGGCAAACAGCAAAGUGGGUAUGAUCAUGUAAUCUGUUAUACUCUUAAGUAAUGUCCACUUUCUUGUUGCCCAUUUUGCCUCCUACCAACAUGCAUAUGACUUUUAGAUGAUUUUUUUCUCAGGAUAUAUUAUUAACAUCUUUUACAUUAAAAUCUCAUUUUUUAUUAUUUCUUUUUAUGUUUUAAAUCUCUGUCUCUGAGUGGGGUCAUAAUUGCUUCCAGUUUAGUACCAUCUCAAAUUUCACUGGAGUUCUGUUCACUUUCUGUUUUAAUUCCACUCAAUUUGCAUAAUUUCAAUCAAGACCUUCAACAAAGCUAACAGAUUUUGCACUUUUCUGCUCUUGCUCAGUUCAAUACAUUUCAACCUAAGAGUAUUAUAGCUAAUUGAAAGGUUUUUGACAAGAAAUUUCAGUUCUGUAAAAAUUCAAACACUUUCAUUUUGAUAAUGUUUUUGAGGAAAUCAUUUCUAUUUUCUUGUUUUGAAAAGAUCAAAUGUUCUAUUUUACUAUGGUAAAAAUGUUUAAUGCUAUCACUUUGCUUAAUUGUUUAUAAUAUCAUUGUUAUAUUUGUAUACUUGUUUUUAGUAUUCUAUAAAAUAUUUACUAUGUUAUAUGUUCAAAAUUGUCAAAAAUGUUAGAUGAUUCAGAAUUCCUUAUCCUGAAAAAUUCCAGAAUUUUAAAGUUUUCAUUUCUGUUUAGAAUAAAAACAAAUUUUGAAUGUUAGAAUUUCCUGGGUAGUAGCAAUUCCAUUCUUUAACCAGCUGUAAUAAUUUAUCCUUUAUCUUGCUUUCAAGUAAAUUUCCCACAUAAGUUUUAAUGAACACAGAACACGGUGCAUUAGUGCACAUCAAAUAAUUUUGUAAUUCUUUAAAAAACUCAGUAUUUUACUUUGUGUAACUUAACUUUUAUAACCAAUAAAGGUACUCCGGAGAUUUUUCUAAACUUA